AUGACACCCAUUGAGACUGACGAAGAUGUCAAGUCGAUGUUUCAAUGUCAUAUAACAUUAUCUCAAUUACCCACCAUUGAGAUAUAUGUUCGUCUAGUCGAAAAUCUUGAAGAACAACCGAGUCACAAUGAAAAUCUUGAAGAACAACUGACUCACAAUGAAAAUCUCUGUUAUCCAACGCAAUUUGUACAGUCACAUAAGUACGGAAUGAGUCAAGCCAUUGACGAGUACGGAAUGAGUCAAGCAAUCUCCGUUUUCAGAAGUUUCAUACCAACUCACAAUGCUGACGAAAUAGAGGAGGGCAUCGACUUUGAAAAUAAGGAAGAGUGUGUUCUGGCGUUGCAACAAUGGCAUAUAAAAUGUAGUCUAGAUUUUUCUAUGGUUAAAUCUGAAAAUGUACGUUUUGUCAUCAAAUGUAGAAAUUCAACAUGCAAUUUCAAAUGCAGGGUCUCUUUGCGUAAGGGCAACUCAAGGUGGAGAGUUGGCAAGUCUGGUGGGCCUCAUACGUGCACAACCACUUCCAUGUCACAAGACCAUACAAAACUCAGUUCAGAAAUGAUUAGUAAGAGAAUAAUGGAGCUUGUAAAUCGGGACGCUUCUCUUAAGGUGAAGGUUAUCAUCGCUCAUGUUGCUGAGAAGUACAUUUAUAUCAUAUCCAACAAAAAGGCAUGGAUUGCAAAGUGUAAGGCAAUUGAGUCGCUGUAUGGAAAUUGGGAGACAUCUUACAACGAUCUGCCGCAGUGGAUACUGGUAAUGAAAACAUAUCUACCAGGUACCGUUAUAGAAUUGCAAUCCUUACCUGUGAUUUCAAAUGAUGGUUCACACUUGGGUGACCAAAGGAUAUUUCAUCGUCUGUUUUGGGCGUUUCGACCAUGUAUACGUGGUUUCGCAUAUUGUAAACCUAUUGUGCAGGUUGAUGGAACAUGGUUGUAUGGCAAGUAUAGAGGGACUCUGUUGAUGGCUAUGGCACAGGAUGGGAACGGGAACAUAUUUCCGAUAGCGUUCGCAUUGGUUGAAAGUGAGACAAAGGAAGCUUGGAGUUUCUUUCUUAAGAAUUUAAGAAUACACGUUACCCCCCAAGAAAAUCUAUGUCUAAUAUCAGACAGGCAUGAAUCAAUAAAGAGUGCACAUAACAAUCCGGAAAAUGGAUGGCAGUAUCCUCCAUCAUCACACGUCUAUUGCAUUAGACACAUCGCGCAAAACUUCAUGCGCGAGAUUAAAGACAAGGAUCUGCGCAAAAUAGUUGUUAACAUGGGUUAUGCAUUAACAAAGGCGAAAUUUAACUACUAUCGGGGGCAAAUCCGAAGAACAAACAACGAAGCUUUAUCAUGGAUAGACAACAUCCCUCGGGAGAAGUGGGCAAGGGCAUUUGACGGAGGGCAACGCUGGGGUCACAUGACAACUAACCUAGCAGAAGCAAUGAACUCGGUGCUAAAGGAAACCCGAAACCUUCCAAUCACUGCAUUGGUCAAAUCUACAUACUAUCGAUUAGGAUCACUAUUUGGUAGAAGAGGCUAUCAAUGGACAAAAGUGUUAGCCUCUGGGCAGGUUUUUACUGAUAACUGCAACAAGAGGAUGGCUGAGGAAGUCAUCAAAGCUAACACGCAUAACGUCAUGCAGUUCGAUCGCGAGAGAUUUUAUUUCAUGGUCCAAGAGAAGAUUAAUCAUAACGACGGUUGA